AUGAAACAAUCAUGGAUCGCACUUUUCCCGCUAAGCAUACUGAUAACUUUCAUUUCUACGGCAGCUGAGCAGAAAGUAAAUAAAUCAUGUGAAUGCGGUAUAGCCGGGAAAAACCGGCGCAUUGUGGGCGGAACGACAGUGCAACCACAUGAGUAUCCUUGGCUGGUAUCACUGAUGCUGGGUCCUAAGCUGCAUUGUGGAGGAGCCAUCAUAACGGACCUACAUGUCCUCACAGCUGGCCACUGCAUAACUUUUGGAGUAAAUUUUCGUGAUUUGACGGUUUAUGUUGGCAUGCACGAUCGGCUUGAGAACAGCUUUAUAACACUGCGAGUUGCAAGUGGCAUCAAACAUCCCUCGUUUACUUCCAAUGCUGUGCGGGACAUUAACGACAUCGCAGUGCUCACGCUCAACAAAAAACUUAAGUUCACAGACAAAGUCCGCCCUAUCUGCUUGCCCACUGAAGCAAUGGAUUUUAAGAAUGUCGGACUGACCGUAGCUGGCUGGGGAAAGACAAGACAAGGGGCGUUGACCUCAUCGAGAUAUUUGCUAGAAACCAAAGUGCAAAUUGUGGACUCAGACAAGUGUCGAAAGUCAUCAAUAUACAGGGACAACCUCGUGCCUGAUACGAUGAUGUGUGCUUAUAGUCUUGGAAAGGAUGCGUGUCAGGGUGAUAGCGGCGGACCACUAUUCGCUACUCAUCGAAUGACACACAAUAAAAAAUGGUAUCAAGUUGGUAUUGUUUCAUGGGGAAUAGAUUGUGCGAUGCCAGACUAUCCAGAGUGUGGGAGACCAUCGGACACAGUGGUGUCGAUGCGUAUCGUCGGUGGCAGGAGGACAGCUCCGCACUCCUACCCCUGGACCGUAGCGAUAUUGAAGCACAACCGGAUGCACUGCGGCGGAGCCAUCAUCACCAACAAACAUGUCCUCAGUGCUGGACAUUGCUUCAAGUGGGACAACUACAAGAUAAUGGAGGUACUCGUGGGAUUAGACAACUUGGAUAAAUUGAAGGACGUGGCUCACAGGAAUAUUUCCAAGGUUGUCAUCCACGAAGGUUUUACUUCCACGGCGGUUAGAGACGAAAACGACAUUGCCUUAGCCACUCUUGAUGAACCUGUUGAAUUUAGUACCACAAUAUUACCAAUUUGCUUACCUAAACCAGGGGAAGAUUUUUCAUCGAAAGUAGGCACCAUCGUAGGAUGGGGAAGAAUUGGAGUGGAGAAGUCUUCUUCUAAGGUCCUAAUGAAAGCUCUUCUAAGAAUUCUGACUGACGAAGAGUGUAUGCAAUCACAACUGAAGGAGCAUCUUAAACCAACAAUGAUGUGCGCUUUCUCUAAAGGAAAGGACGGCUGCCAGGGUGAUAGUGGAGGACCGUUUAUAGUUUUUGAAAACGACUUCCGUUACGUUCUAGCUGGAGUUGUGUCAUGGGGAAUAGGAUGCGCAGAUCCAAGGUAUCCUGGUGUGUACACAAAGGUCAGCCACUACAUAGAUUGGAUCAAGAAACAUUCAAAAGACGGGCUAACUUGUGAUAGCUAA